CGCACAUCUCCCUACCUAGGUACCUUAUGUAGGAGCCUACCUACUGUAGAAACUACUUGCUGUCCCCGAGCUGAAGUUGGGCUGUGUUAGCCACUGCUGCGCUGUCAACCUGACCCGACCUGGGCCUGUCACUCCCGUUACCUUCCCGCUCCAAAAACUCCAAAUUCGCGUCACCGACGCAAUCGCCUGCUAUAUUUCCAUCCACCUCAUCCGCGCGACACCCAGAGGACCGAAAUGUCGCCGCGGUGAAUAUUGACAGGUGGUUUUUGCGCCAACUCCAAAUCUCCACAGAGUCAUCGACAACAUGACUGCUGCCCCUGUGCAAGAUCACCCCCAUCCUCGCCCCUCGCCCGCCAACCAUCUCCGACAGCCGAGCGCUUCGAAGCCCUCCCCAUCCACCUCUCAACCUCGAAAUUACGCAAGCAUUUCGCGGAGGACAAACAGCACUGCGCUGCUUGGUGUUAAUGGAAGCCCUUCAAACAUGCCGCUGAUGCAGGGCCCGGACGGAUCCUCCGCAUUUGCCGAUGCGACAGCCCAGCCAUCCCCGUUCGGCGGUCCUCCGCCUCUAGCCCUUCAACGAUCAACGAGCCACGAUGACGGCGCUUCCAGACGGCCAUCGAGUGCGCCUGGAAACAAGCACAAUAUCUCUGCUGGGUUCUCCACCGGUGAACAAUCAGACUCGGACGGACCGAAGCGGCCGUCCAUGAAGCCGCUGCUCAUGCGAUCAAAGAGCGAGUAUGGAGUCAACCGCUCCGAAGAAGUCGACCACUCCGAGGAGGAUAUUCCGCAUUGGGGUGCCAGACACGGUUUCGAUGAAUAUCACGAGUCGCCGGAAAUCCUGGCCCAGAUAGCGAAUAAUUGGUACAUGUACUGGACCGACAAGCGACACGAGACAACCGGCAAGCCAAAGGCGACAUUUCAUCAGCUGCAGGACUGGCGCAUGCGUGACAGACUCAAGACUGUAUCUGCUGCCCUGGCUGUCUGCCUUAAUAUCUCAGUCGAGCCUCCUGAUCAGCUCAAGACGAACCCUGGUGCGAAACUCGAAGCGUGGACUGAUCCCACCACCCCGCCCCCUCAGAAAGCCCUGGAAAACAUUGGCAAAGCGCUGCAGGCGCAAUACGAGACGCUUGCUAUUCGGACAAGAUACAAACAAUACUUGGAUCCGUCGGUGGAGGAAACAAAGAAGUUCUGCCAGUCUUUGCGUAGGAAUGCCAAGGACGAGCGAGUCCUGCUUCACUACAAUGGUCACGGGGUGCCAAAGCCUACCGCCAGUGGUGAGAUCUGGGUUUUCAACAAGAACUAUACCCAGUACAUUCCAGUCUCGCUAUAUGAUCUUCAGCAGUGGCUACACGCCCCUACGAUCUAUGUUUGGGAUUGCUCCGAGGCCGGCAACAUCCUUAAUAACUAUCACAGAUUUGUAGAGAAGCACGAACAAGAAGAGGACGAGGCCGCUGCAAGAGAUCCGAACUACGAAAAGACGGUGUUUCAACCUUAUAUCCACCUGGCCGCCUGCGGUGUCAAGGAAAAUCUUCCGACCAAUCCCCUCCUCCCGGCGGACCUAUUUACUGCAUGUCUCACCACUCCCAUCGAGAUGGCUCUUUGGUUCUUCGUUCUUCAGAAUCCUCUCAAGACCAAUCUCACACCAGAGCGCGCCAAGAAACUUCCCGGCAGGUUGCAGGAGAGGAGAACACCCCUUGGUGAACUGAAUUGGAUCUUCACGGCCAUCACGGAUACGAUUGCUUGGACAACACUGCCCCGACACUUGUUCCGGAAGUUCUUCAGACAAGACCUUAUGGUGGCCGCCUUGUUCCGCAACUUCCUUUUGGCUCAGAGAAUCAUGUCUGUCUAUGGUUGCCACCCGCAAUCCUUCCCGGAGCUGCCCCAGACCCGACAGCACCCGCUAUGGGCAAGCUGGGACUUAGCCGUGGACAUGGCACUCGCCCAGCUUCCCAUGCUGGAGCGGAAGGAGAACGAAGGCAUCGACUACGAGUACCAAAACUCUACUUUUUUCACCGAGCAACUGACGGCAUUCGACGUCUACCUCACUCGCGGAGACGCCAUGUCUCAGAGACCGCCGGAGCAGCUGCCAGUGGUGCUUCAAGUUCUGCUGAGCCAACAACACAGAGUCAGAGCACUGAUCCUGCUUGGAAGAUUCCUCGAUUUGGGUCCUUGGGCCGUUCAGCUUGCUCUGAGCAUAGGCAUUUUCCCUUACGUCCUCAAGCUGUUGCAGUCUGCUGCAGCGGAACUGAAACCCGUCAUGAUCUUCAUAUGGACUAGGAUCCUGGCGGUCGACAUCUCGUGCCAGCAGGACCUGAUCAAGGACAGCGGAUACAACUAUUUCGCCCAGAUACUGAAACUAUCUGAAAGCUUACCGGUUGUUAACGAAGCCGAGCAUAAAGCGAUGUGUGCGUUUAUCCUGUCUAUGCUCUGCAAGGACUACAAGCCGGGUCAGCAUGUCUGCAACCAAACAGACAUCAUGACUAAUUGCUUGUUGCACCUACAAAACCACGAGAACCCACUGCUCCGACAGUGGUCUUGUCUCUGCAUUAGUCAGCUCUGGCAAGAAUUGCCAGAGGCUAAAUGGCGCGGUAUUCGAGAGAACGCACCUGCGAAGUUGUCGUUCAUGACCAAAGAUCCCGUCCCUGAAGUCCGAGCUGCCAUGAUUUAUGCCAUGACCACAUUUUUAGGCAUCAUCGAUCUCACAGAUGAGGUUGCUCGGAUCGAAGAGUCCAUUGCGUGGACACUACUGGACAUGGCCAACGACGGUAGCCCAAUGGUUCGUCGCGAGUUCCUUGUCUUCCUUUCAAGAUUCAUCCUCCGCUUCGAGAGCAAGUUUAUUGUCGCUGCCUACGAACAGCUUCAAGAAGAAAGGGAAUAUCUCCUGUUUCCACCUGGACAGGACGGCAUGGACCACAAGAUGGGGUUGCACUACGCAAGGAGAGAGAACAGAAAUGCGGAUGGGACUAUCAAGCCUACGGUUCAUGGCUUUGCACACAACACCGUCUUCUCCGCCUGCUGGAAGCAUGCAUUGAUGCUAAACGUUGAUCCUCACCCCGAGGUUCAGCGUGAUGCGACGAUGAUUGUGGACUACGUUCAUCAGGCUGUGAUGGCUUCGCCUGUGGGUGAGCAUGCGCAGUUACUUAUCGACGACAUACGGAGGAGGGCAAAGCGGGCUUCAACAAAAAGCCACCUAAACCUGAGUCAACGGAGCAACGCCAUUGGUGUUUCCAACUCUUUGGCAACUCCACCACUGCCUUCUCCUGGCUUGUUGCGUCGCACAGCAAGCUUGCUCUUCCAAUUGCCCCUAUUCGGCAACGAUGCCAGAGCCGAUGCUAAUGAGAAACCCAACUACGCCUCGCCGGCACCAUCGCCUGGCUUGCACAGGGUUGGAUCUCAGAAGAUCAAGGCUCCGGAACUAGCUGAGGCACCGCCAGAACAAAGUGACCCAACAGCCAUCCAUGCCAACUACCAUGUUGCCAGAGAACCUGUAUCCGCUGGGUUUGAAGAUCGCAAACCAGGCGAAGCCCCCUCUCUCCCCCUUCAGAGCACUUUCCUGGAAUGGUCCAUCGAGUAUUUCUGCGAGCCCCAGAUGAAGCCGAGCGAGUCGGACGAGCCAGGCAGCACCGAGUACAACGAACGACUCUGGAGAAGGUCCCGAAAUGACUACAUCCUGACAGAAACGCAGCCACUCAAACAGUACGCUGGCAGUCACAAAUGGAACAACCAACUGGGCAUCAUCAACAACGGGUCACAGCCUGCCAAGCUGACGUUCCAUCAGUUUGAAGACCAGCUUGCCGUUGCAGACGACGGCAACACGGUUUGUGUCUGGGACUGUAAGAAGCAUGCUCGACUGAGCAAGUUCUCCAACGGUAACCCGGAGGGAUCGAGGAUCAGUGAUAUGAAGUUCAUCAACGAGGACGACCAGGCGUUCCUAAUGACGGGUUCGUCGGACGGAGUUAUUCGCAUCUACCAGAACUAUGAUUCCGAUAAGUCCAUUAGCCUGGCCUCUUCUUGGCGGGCCCUUACGCACAUGGUACCUAGCAACGUCAACUCCGGUAUGGUAUUUGACUGGCAGCAGUCGCUAGGUCGUGUGCUCGUGGCUGGUGAUGUGCGUGUUAUCCGGGUGUGGUCUGCGGGUUCCGAAACUUGUAUCAUCGACAUCCCCGCCCGGUCUGGCUCCUGCGUUACCUCCUUGACCUCUGACCAGAUGACGGGCCAUACGGUUGUGGCAGGGUUCGGCGACGGCGCCGUUCGCGUUUUCGACACCCGUAUCAGACCACAGGAUUCCAUGAUCAAGAAGUGGAAGGACGAGACGGACAGACAAUGGAUCAAGAGCGUCCAUCUUCAGCGCGGCGGCCAACGAGAACUCCUUAGCGCUAGCAGGAAUGGCAAGGUGAAGCUGUGGGAUAUCCGGAUGGAUCGACCUCUGCACGUAUAUCAGACAACCCGAGACACGCUCCGAACAGCCAGCACCCAUGAGCACCUGCCGGUAUUUGCUGUUGGCACAUCCGCACAUGCUGUCAAGGUCUUCAAUUUUGAUGGCCAAGAGCUGUCCCGCGUCGAGCCAUACUCAAGCUUCCUGCAGCAGAACAGGGGAGCUCCUAUCGCAGCUACUGCAUUCCAUCCACACAAGCCCAUUUUGGCCUGCGCUGCUCGAGGAGACUACCACGUCAACUUGUUCACCUGCGAAAAGUCCGAGUCACAAUCCUUGGUUGCUUAGUUGACGUCUGAGAGAAUGUAGACAACUCUCUUCGUUGUAUUUUGAUCGUCUUCUGGGGAGGGUUUGUUGCUGCUGUGUAAACCAAACUUAUUCUUCUUUUCAAGGCGGCAGCAUACCAGGACUGGCAAGACACGGCGUUUGAUUCGGUCGCUUUAUGCGUCAUGGCUAGGGGAGGGAGAUUUGCAUGAGAUACUUAAUGUUAGCAGUUGGCAAAUCAAUCGCUGAGCCAACUGAUGUAUGAAAACCGAAAUUGUACCCAAAGAACAGCCGCACAUGACGAUCACGGGGUGGUUGAUACAAGUGAGGUUCAUCUUAUGUCUUCAUCGUC